UUUUGUGAUAGUUUAUAACUCACUUAAAAAACUGAAACAUAAUUGAAUUCAAUUAAGAAGAACUAAUAGUGUACAUUAAUUGUUAUUUCAUAGGAUUAGUAUAACUUCUUGAAAUUAAAUAUAAAUGGGUAAGCAAUGAUGAAUGGUAAAAAGCUUAGGAGAUGCGACAAAAAAUAGAUCGAGGCCACAAAAAUGAAUUUAGAUAAUACAUUGAAAUUUAGAUUUAAAAAAAUAAAGUUUCAGUUUGACUCAAAUAAUCAUACAGAGUUUUCCUGCUUAUAAAUACUUUUGAAAUGCAAUACCUAGCCAUUUUGAUUGAGCUCCA